GAUCUCGCUGGGACCGAACCAGGAAGUGGCGCCUUGUUUAGAGAAGAGGAUCAGAUGUGUUUUCAGACAUGUCGCUUUACAGAAGCUGCUCGUUUUGUGUUCUGCUGCUGUUACACGUCCACUCCCUCGUGUUCGGGGACACAGUGAACCUCACCGCCGUGGAACCAGCGGACCGACCCGCCCUCCACAGCUCCCCGGUGUUCAAGCCCGGUGCGCCGGGCUCCCUGGGUCUGCUCGCGUCGUUCCCGGAGGACCUGGAGAUCAGCGCCUACUGCAGCGAGAUGCUGCUCAUCUUCGGCCGGCGCUACGACACCUACGUGAACUGCCUGGUUCCGGCGUCUCGACCCGUCCGAGUGUGUCAGAACUGUUACUCCAGCUAUGGCAGCCUGAGGGAAAUCUACAACAACAUCUCCUCGAACCAGAUGGGUCCUGGUAACGAGAGCUGCGGCGACACUCUUCUGCGCAGUGACCGGCUGAUGCUGGUUUAUCAGCUCUACAGCAACCUGAAGGACCUGUGGGGUGAAUCCAGCUGCGAGCGCUGUAUCACUGCAGGAUUCCAGAGCCUGACGAAUGACACGCUGUACUUCAUGGCAAUCCUCAACCAGACUAACGCCUGUUUUCAGAAGUAUCAACAGGGGAAUCACACAGAGCUGUGCACAAACUGUAAGAACACAUACGUGGCCAUGAACGAGCUCUACAGCGGAAUGGAGAAGAAUCUGACUCUGUGUAUCGACAUAGAAGACGCGAUGAAUGGGACACGCAAACUGUGGAGUAAGAAUUUCAAUUGUUCCUUGCCCCGCGAGGAGACGGUGCCUGUCAUCGCUGUGUCCUGCUUCAUGCUAUUUCUGCCCAUCAUCUUCUACUUGAGCAGCUUCCUUCACUCGGAACAAAAGAAACGCAAGCUCAUACACCCCAAAAGAGCGAAGUCGUACUCCAGCUUGAUGAACAUUCAGGACAAGCAGAGCUGAGCAGCUGAGCAGGAGAGAUGCCCUGAGAUGAUUGACAGCAUUCCUUUUAUCAAGAGCUACACUCCCAGGAGGAGAUUUGACUUCUCGUGCUUGAGGCUCGACGGACGCAGAGCCCUCGACCGCAGCUUUCCUGUUGUCUUCGGGGGGCGGGGGGGGGGGGGGGCUGUGAUA